UUUCAGCUGGUGAUGCAGUAACUCAUAGCAAGUAACUUAUUUAAAGAGCUGUUUCCGGUUCUUUUUAGAAUGGCAUUCUCGACUCUAAAUGGAUCAUCUCGAGUGCUAGGAUUACAACACAUGUCAGAAUCAGUUUAUUGUGGACUGUGUUCAAAAUUGGGGACUUCACAACGUGUAGCAAUCUUAAGAGAAAUACAAGACUUUUAUGAUCUGAUUUUCAAACGUCUAUCGUCGAGGGAAGAAACAAGGAUGCUGAGUGGAAGCACAAGAGAAGGAAUUCAAAUAGAGGGAUCAGAUCAUGACUAUAUGUUCUGGCCAAAUGACCACAGAGUGAUCUGGGAUAUGUCUCAAUCUGAAUUCUACCAUUCAAACGAUCAAACGUUGAUUCUGGCGGAUAGUUUUGAGUGCCCUCCAGGGUUUUCUUUGCUUAAGUUAUUGACUCCAACAGAUUCACUCGCGGAAUUCGCAUGUGUCAGAAUAAAUGACAGUCUCUAUGUGUCUAGUUCUGAAUACAAAAAAUUAAAUCUUUUAGCAUAUAAUAUGCUUAAUCUUCGAAAGUUCAGUUUACAUGGACCCUGUGGUACUGGUGUAGUAGGAAUAGUAGAGUAUGACACUGCCUGGUGUUUUGUUUCUGACUUUUGGCCUCAUUCUGCUUUGUCGUGGAAAGACAGGUGUCGCUUAUGGCCAGAUUCCAAAGUUGUUAAUGAUAUAGUAAAAAAGGGAUGUCAUUUUGUUGCAAUAGGGCACCCAAUAGGACUCCAUGAAAAUGAAGAGUGGAGAAUUUCCUUUUCUCAAGCAGAAUAUAAACUUGUUUACGCGAUGAACCAUUGUCAGUUUCUAACUUACGGAUUGCUAAAACUAUUCCUAAAGGAGGUUAUCAACCUACAAUCAGAAGAAACUGUUAACUUGUUGUGUUCCUAUCACAUGAAAACAGUAGUGUUUUGGGCGAUUCAACAAAACACAAUGCCUCACCUGUGUCCUCAAAAUCUCCUGACAGGAUUCUGGGUCUGCUUGAAAUUCCUCCUUAAAUGGGUGCGUGAGGGGAUCUGUCCUAACUUUUUCAUCCCUCAAAACAAUAUGUUUCUAGCGAAGGUCCAUGGUUCAAAACAAUACAGUUUGUUUAGACAGUUAUAUGGAUAUUACAGCAAAGGACUAGCUUGUUUGUUACAAAGUCCAUCCAUUAGUUCAUAUAUCAUACCUGUACUUUGCAACCCCAGACUUUAUAUUUGUACAGAUGAGGACAUAAUGGUGCCUGAGGUUGUGAACGAUGCGUAUUUUUUCCAUGAUAUGCAUAGAUUUAUUGCUUUUGAAUCAGACUCAUUUUCCAUUCAACGUUCUAUUGUAGGAAUUAAAACAAUUGAACAGUUGGUAGAUUCACCACUGACACCAUGUCAAAAAGUCAUGUUACAGAAAUUUACAGCUACGGUCCUUGAACACAUUGCAUUUAGAUUACACAACAAAUGCUUUAACCCUCGUGUCAACAAACAGAUGUAUAUUGCUGACAAACUUUCAUGUAGCAUGCUGAAAAUAGCUGUUCGGUUUGGAUGUAUUUCUGAUAUGCUGUUCAACGCAAUGUACCAAUACAAAACAUUGAGACAUAUGGAAGCCUUAUCAAUAAUCGAGAUGACAAAAAUGAGGUUAGCUCAGCCAUAUAUGAUGUAUCGGAAAAUGCUAGGCGUAAGAAGCUAUAUUCAGGCUCUAUGUGGACAGUCAUUGUCUACAAAAAUGAAACGGGCUGUAGCAUUGGAUAUUGCACUCGACAACUUCGUCUGUUAUAUCAAUGAACUUAUACCAGAACAACAGUCUUCUCUACAAAACAAAGAUAAUUCCUUAAAUAUUCCAGUGUUUGUAAUGUUACACUUUUUAGAGUUCCUGUGUUAUAGACACAUUGAUGCAACAUUAGCCAAAGAGGCUCUAGACAAGUUACAUGCCCUUGUUCACAAUGAUCGAGGUUAUUACAUUAUUGAUAUAUGCAGGGACAUCUCUUGGGAAAUCCUGGGGAUCUGUCAACAGAUUACUGGAGAUUUUGAGUCCGCUCUUUAUUCAUUUCAACAGUCACUUUCACAAUUUGAAUUCAACAAUGUAAGAAUUGCUGCACAAAGAAGAAUACAUGAUAUAAUUGGAACAAAUACGAGUGUGUGCAUGUGAGCAUCGAAUCUUUAACAAUAUGUUAAAGUCUUUUUCAUCAUUUGCAUCGAGCAAGUAGUUCAAUAACGUGAAAUUGCAAGUUUACACAAUGGUUUUAAUUUCACAGUGUUAAAAAUGAAGAAUUUCCCGCAAUAUUAAACAAGCCGUGAU